AUGCCGCCGCGAAGAGGUGCGAAGUCUGGCCCACGCUCAAAGCGUACGCGGCAUUCAGCGAGGAUUGUGGCCCUGGGGCAACUCGACACUACCCCAAACCGUCACGAUCAGUCUCCUCGUGCAGUUCAGACUCAGGAUCCAACACCGGCAUUACCAAAUCAGGGCGCAAAUUCUGGGCCUCCAAACUCUGAGAUACCUUCAACAAAUGAAUUUGAUGAUGACCUCAACGAGGAUGAUCUGAUGCGGCUGGUUGAAGCUCAAGCCGUUCCAUCCGCUCAACCACCACCUGAUUUCUCAUGGUCUGAAAUCGGUUCAACACGCCGAAGCACGCCUUUACGGGAAGACGAACCAAGCUUUUUAGACAACCAAGACUCUCUUCUCGACGAAUUUUCCAGUCCAAAGUCCGGUCUAGGCAAGCUUCCCAACACUCAGCCACUGCCAUCUGAGCCUGAUCAAGAAAGCAAAGAACCUCCUUUUGUUGACUUUUCUGAGACAGCUUCUACUAUACGACGAAGUUCACCUUAUUAUUCGUUGGCGGCCUCUCAAAUCGGAGAUGACGAGGCACUGAAUUUCGUGGAAAACAAUCCUUUGGCACCACUACCAAGUACCAUCCAAGAUUCGAUACAGUCUCUUGGACUACCACCUUUGUCUGAAUUAGAAGCCAUGGAUCACUUGCCGGAAGAUGAGCUAUAUGAUGUCACGCCUCCCAAGUCGACGGCUGAGCUUGAAGCUGAGACAUCGCGAAAAGACGAGGAAGAAACUGAAGCUGCCCCAGAAAGUUCACAGCGUACUAAGAAGCCAAAUUCGUCACAGAACUCAAAGACAAAAGGCAGGCCAGGAAAGACCUCAAAAAAGCAAGAUGCCCUUACGAGAAUAUUGGUCGAGGAACUGGAACCAUCGGGAGAAGACGAAGUAGAGGAGCAAGCAUCUUCACCCCCUGAAAAGCCACCAGCCCAACCCCCAAAGCGGAAGAACGACACUCGCAAAGGCAAAGAGGUAUUAAAAGGGAAGCCUGCCGCAAUGACAUCUAAGGAUAUACAAACAAGCGAGCAGCGACCAAAGGAAAAGAAGGGCCGGAAACAACGAGCGAAGACUCCCAUCCAAUUUGACGAAGAGACACAGGAAAUCAAAGAGGUAACACCACGCAAGGUACCGGAACAGCCACUUCGCAUGCCCAUCGUGAGCAGUCUCAGAACAGCGUAUGCUGCCUCUGUCUCACCUAUUGUAGGUGCAGGUGUAGGGACACCCGGCUCGAAACGAAAGCCUGCGCCAAAGCGUAAACCGCCCGCUAAAGAUACUCCUCAGAAGGAGAAAGCUUCCCAGAAAGCCCCCCCGGCAACACGAAAGUCAGGUUUAAAGAAACUGGUGCCUCAAGAGAAACCUGAUACGACUGAAAAGGGAAAAGAACGUGCAGUUCCUGCUGCACAAGUAGCACAUAAGCCUUCACCCGCGAUUACCAAGAGAAUAACCCGAGCCAAGAUGAAAGAGGAAAGUGAACCAGUAUCACAGCCUUCAAAAGUCCAAGAGGCACCAGAAGCAAGAAAUGAGACCCAGGGGUCGACCCGGGACCCUAUCGUGCUCUCUAGCGACCCUGAAAGCUCUUUGUUGUCGGAUGAUGACGAUGCCUUCGUCCCAAUCGAAGACUUACACCCAAAAGAGAAGGCCCAACCAGCAAGGCAGUCCCAAUCAGUGAUGGGAGAGUUGCUUGUUGACCCAAUUGUCGACGUGGAGCCAGCAGACCAUGCUCAUCGCGAGAAAGCGCAGCCUUCUACACGGCCACAGACCCUACAGCAGAAUCCCAAGGCUCUUGUCCCUUCAAGUCCCCAACAAGAACAAAUCUCUAGGCAGAGGACAACCAUGACGAUUAAGCGGGACCCUAAGAAGCUUGUUGAAGAGCCUCUUCCAAGCACGAAGGGAAAUCGUGCAGCUCAACAGGGCCGGGAGGUUUUGUCGGCUCGUGAUACUAACAUUCUCAUUCAACAAGAUGCCUCACAAGCAAGGACCUUGAAAAGACCUGCUACGACAGUUGAUCCCAUCGUUGAUACCUCUCACCCACCUCGCAAGAUCAGUAAAACUUCAAGGAGCUUCAGUGUCAGCCAAGCGGGUAGCCCGUUACCACUCGAAACAAGCCCAGCGCAGCUUGUCGCUGGAACAAGUCCAAGUGCUAUGGAAGAAGCUGAAUCUGCAGAAGUGCCCAAGCGCACUGCAGAGACCAUUCCCGACAAGAACAGAGUGGGAUUGAGGCCCAAACCAAACACGAAGCUCAAAACUGAGCCUGCCAAUUUGCAACCCGAGCCAAGUUCAAGUGAUCAAGAUAUUCAUGCUCAGAUACUGGCAUCCCUGCAGGGACAAAAGGAAGCGACUGCUGAAGUGGAACAGGCCAUGGAGCAUGACAAAGUCCGCGGCAAUGGAGAGUCUCCCAGACAGACACGACCGGCGGGGCCGAAUGCAGAGAUAGGAGAGAAACUCCAUGGACUAGUUGAGAUGAUGCUGGAUCAUCUCCAGGCCAAGGAAGCGACCAUCUACCGUGGCGCUGAUGCCUAUCGGAAGAAUAGCAUCAAUUGCGUGGACAAGAUUGAACGACGCUACAUGCAAGAGAGGCAAGCGCUCAAUGAAACGUGGAAGAAGGAUAGUGAUAGGUUCCUCCGGGGGACGCGGGCAGCCAAGGCAGCGAUUGAUGAGCGCGGAAAGAUACGAGAAAAGGCGAUGCAGCAACUGAAUGAAACGGCAGCCAGGCGCCGUCACUUAUUUGAACAAGCGACGACAAGUUUACGAGCACUUCAUGGACGAUUGAUGCAGGGAAAUCUUGCAGGCUACGAAGAUUGA